CGGGAGUCAAGCAGAAAGUCGUCGAAACAAACAGAGCCACAAACUUUCUUCUGAAUCGGUUUAGCGGUUAAGUCGAUAAAGAGUGAGUAAAAAUGACGAUGGAGGAUGCUAACUCCGUCUACGUCGGCGGCCUCCCUUACGACGUCACCGAGGAAGCUCUCCGCCGUGUUUUCUCCACUUACGGCACCGUUGUCGACAUUAAGAUUGUGAAUGAUCGGAGUGUAAGAGGGAAAUGCUACGGCUUCGUUACAUUUUCGAAUCGUCGAUCUGCUGAUGAUGCUAUCCAAGACAUGGAUGGCAAAAUUAUUGGUGGGCGUGCGGUGCGUGUGAAUGAGGUGACAACAAGAUUUGGUGGUCAGGGGAGGUUUCAACCACAAAGCCCCUCUGAUGGGAGAAGUGAUUUUGGUUAUGAAAGGGAUCGGUUUAGUGAUAGGUCACGGGAACGGGAUAGGUCUCAGGACAGGAGAAGAGCUUAUGAACGUUCACAUGGUUUCGAGGGGAGAAAUGAUCAUGGUAUGCUGGAUAGGGAUGGUUACAAGGAGAGAGGUUUCGAAGAAGGAGAUUGGCGUGGGGAUAGGUCUUUUGAGGAUAAUGGUAGGGGGGUUCACAGGGCCAGUUCUGACGAAGAAACAAAGAGAGAAGAUAGUACCAUGCUUGAUGGUGGGCGUGGUAGAGAUGGCAAAGAUCACUUCUCUAACUCAAGUGGAGAUCGCAGCUUUCAGGUGAAAGAAGAAUUGGAAGCGCUGAUCAAGACGCAUGACGUGCUUCAAGAUGAGGUUCUGGUGAUGGAAGAGAGAUUGGAAGUAAAAGAAGUUCUGUGCUCAGAGCUAGAGAAGAAGUCUAAGAGAUUAGAAGAUUUAUUGAGCAAUGAAAAGAAACUGACUUCACAACGCCGAAAAGAAUUGGCAAAGCUACACAAAUCAUAUUCAAAGGUCAGAGAGUGCGGUGACAACCUGAAAGGCUGCGAACAGGAACUCCAGUCGCUUGUUAAUUCAGCAGCUAGAGAAGGCGUGGCUGGUGCUGAUGAAGGACUAGAAAACGGGUAUGUGCAGUACAAGGUGUAGUGUAAUGAAUGCAGUCAUUCUCAUGUAUCACAUGUUAUGUCGUAAGUAUAGCUUUGUUUCUUUUGGAGACGAGCUUAGUGAUAUUUGAAUAUUUGUAUUAAUGGAUAGGAGAAUGAAAGGUAACAGGUUUACAAAAA